GAAUGAGUUUCAAAAUUGUCUCAUCACCUUCGCAGUUGCAGAAUUUCCACCUCCGAGAUCGACACACUCACUCACACACUCACUCUCUGCGGACAUGGCGAUUCCUUCAUUGAGCUUCGCCGGAUGCUGUGCUUCUACAGCAACGCCGUCGCCUGUAUUACGAACCACUGCUGCUGCCGCAACUCGCUGUGAACCGGUAGCUCAACUCUCUGCCUGCGGUGAAGCAGCUCCUUCAUUAGCAUCACGGUUCUAUGGAUCACGAUUAACAGCCAAGUGCGAUGGUGUGCUUUCGAAGAGAGUGAAGCGGACUGCAGGGAAAGUGCUCGCAAUCGCAACUGUCGGCAAAGAUGUAAAACAGUACAGUUUGCCGUCAUGGGCUAAUUUCGAGAUGGGCUAUUAUCCGGUGUAUUGGGAAACGGCAACAGGCCUACCUCCAACUUCUGGACAAUUGCUGACGAUCAUCUUUAAUGCUGCUGCUAGCAACCUCGUACCCAAUGAAAACUUCGGAAUAGCAUUUAAUGGAAGCUUCAAUCAACCAAUUAUGUGUGGAGGUGAGCCCCGUGUUAUGGCCAAAAAAGAACGAGGAAGCCUCUGCGAACCACUCUACUCUAUCAAGAUCAAUGUGCCUCUUCAUGCAACGUCUUUGGAGUUCUCAUUCACGGAUGGAUCGAAUUGGGACGGCCCUUACAAUUUAAUUAUGGAUCUUCCUGACAAACUGAAGGGUUUGCCUCAAAGUUAUUUUAAUGAGAGGCUUGGGAAGGAUCUUGCCAAAGAAGGAGCAUGUGACAGUGCAAUCUACCCAGAAGUUGUUUUUACUCAGGAUCGUUGCGCCUUCCCUGCUGGAAUGAUUCAAGAAGGGGGGGAUCGUUGCGAUCUGGAUAUUGUACCUGGUUGCACAGAUCCGGAGUCACCAUAUUUUGAUCCACUGGCAAAUGUUGAUGAUGGAUCUUGCCCACUCGAACUAUAGGACUAAUAUAUUCACAUUUCCGGAAGUGAUGGUUUAAUCGGAAGCCUACACCUUGUAAAUUAUGGUUCUUUGCUGGUACCAAAACCGAAAAUAGCGCUGCAUGACUGUUAAGGAAUAUGCCGUUGCGCGCUAGAAAUUCAAUGCACUUCUGCUGCAAGGAAUGUUUGUAGUGUAGCCACUGUAGGCUGUGUUCGGUUCAAUAAUUGAGUAAAUAUGAAAUGUGAUCGAUCAUAGAGUUGAAUAUUAACCAGAUUCGCCAAAAAGAUUUGGAGUGUGUUCAAUUUAUUUUAUUCUUACAUUUACAGGCUAUGAGUUUCGUAA